GUAAAAUUAUAAAUGACGUGCCUUGCAUACUUAACAUUACAAUUAUUGCAGGAUGCAGCAAUUAUUUUAUUUAAAGGUAUAAAAGCCAAUAAGUGCUUUUUUAGUAAAAUCAGUUUGGUAAACGCUGUUGUUUCGUUUAGUUACCAUGUUUGAAAAGAUUUUAAUAUUCAGUACUUUGUUAUCAGUUUCUUUGGCUGAACUGCCAUCUUUCGGGCCCUAUGCAACAUCUGGUUGGAGACCACAAGGUCCCUCUUUUGGCCUUCCAAAUGAAUACUUUGCAGUACAAGCAGCACAGAGAGCACCACGAGUUGAACUCGAGAUUACCAAAGAACGUGUAGACUAUGCGGGGCAGCUUACUGAAGCAAAUGCUCCCCAAAUUAGUCCAAACUACGCCUAUCUACCUCCAGACGAAAUUGAUGAGACUUUAGGUGUAGACGUAGUUCAAGUCCAAGGCCUGCCAAAUAAGCCUGGAGUACAGUUUAACCGUUUUAAAGCACCAUUUCUUAAUACUCGGGAGUACUAUCCUUACCGUCGAAUCAGUCAGUUCCGUAGGCCACAACAAUUCUCCGGCAAAACAAAAAUCAUUAAUUCCAAUAGUCAACAAUUUUCACCUGUUAAAUUUCCUUCGACCCAAUAUGGAAUACCUGUAGUAGAUCAACCAUCCGAUACCUCCGAGAACCAAGCAAAUGGCUAUACAUUUCCUCUUCCAGAAGAACCAUUUAAUGAAGGAAGUGAACAAAUUGUAGAAGGCUCUGUGACCAAAGGGGAAUACUUUGUAUUGACACCAGAAAAGACUUUACAGAAAGUCAGCUAUAAGACUUCUCAAACGGAGGAAGAAGCACGAACGAAUGCUUUCACCGCCGAGUUAAAGUACACACCUGUUGACAAAAUUGAAGGGCCAUUGUAUAAGUAUAAUGACCAAGGACAAUUGGUUAGAAUUUAUAAGAAGUAGGUAAUGUAAAUUUCUUUGCAUAAUAAUAAUAAUAUUAAUCUGGUUAAUUAGUAAACAAUAUAAUGUUUGUAUGUAUGUAUCUAUUUUUUCCUUGUUGAAAAAAAAGUUUGACUAAAAUAUUUAGAAAAUAUGUAAUAUUUUUUGUUGAUUAGUAAAUAAUAAACGUUGUUAUAAUCGAAAAAACUACAA